AAGAGAAAAGUUUCGUCCACCCGUACUGCCGUACUUCUCCUUCGUCGCUUUUAUUUCCUUCUACUGUAGCUCUCUACCAAACAUAAAGUAAAAGAAAGUAGUUCAUGUCCCUCAGGUAGGUCCACUGUACCUUGCAAGACAAAAGGGUGAACCUUAAAUCCCAAAUAAGAAAAUUUUACCAAAAAAAAAAAAAAACCCCCGAAGAAGAGAUUCCAUCUGUGGUCGAGGGCUGAAGAAGCAGAAGAAGAAGAAGAUCAUGAUGCCACACAAAGAGGAGAAAGAGGCAAAGAAGGAGGCAUUUCGGAAAUACUUGGAGUCAAGUGGGGUUCUUGAUGCUCUCACCAAAGUUCUGGUUGCAUUGUAUGAGCAGAAUGACAAACCUUCUUCUGCCCUUGAAUUCAUCCAACAAAAAUUAGGUGGUCCAUCUGUGUCGGAAUAUGAAAAGCUACAAGCUGAAAUGUCAAAUUUGCAAAUAAAAUAUGACGAGCUUGUAGCAGAACACCAGGAAACCUGCAAGGAGUUGGAGGAACAUAAGAACUCACAUGCCACGGCAAUGGCAUCCACAAAGGAGAGCAUUGAUGGGGAGGCUCACAAGGAUGGGUUCUGAAGGAGCAGUGGAAGAAGUUUUACAUUGUUAUGCUGAAUAGAACGAGUGAGAAACCAUUGUUUUCCAGAUUGUUGUAUCCAUGGCACAGACCCAGACUUUUCUUUGUGUUCUUUUCCCUUCUCUUGCUGCUUUCUCUUGGAGAAAAGCCUCGAGGCGUUUCACAUUUGGCUUAUUUCAAUGGUAUAUAUGUUUGCUCUCAGCCCUCUAGCAAGAGACUAUGACAUUAUGCAUUCGCAUUAAGUUAUGCUCA